CAAAGACAAGGAUUCGCUGAAGACGGUCUCGGCUGUUCCUGAGGUUCAUCAGCUGGUUUCUUCCAUCAAAGGUUCAGCGACUGCAAUGCGGCUCUCUCUGCUGGUUUCGGAGAACGCACAGAGAGUUUUCCUGGCCGCUCUCACAGGACAGGUGUUCCUCUGGGAAUGUUCUUCUCGUCAGGAUCUGAGCGGCCCGCGGGACACCACAGUCCCGGGACGCUGGAGUCAGAUAUCAGACCAUGAAAACAUUCAGCUGCCCUCCACAACAGACAAAGAGGCUUCCGUUCAUAGUGUGUUUGUGAAGAACCAGGCAGUUGGUGACGCGUGUCUGAGCGCAUUUGUCUUCAUUGCUGAAGCGCAGCUCAUCGUCACCUUUCUGAAGAUCCAGUGGGACUCGACGUGGGACAACAAACUCAGCUCAGCAGGUUUCAGUGUUGGCUGGGUCUCUCAGUCGUACCCGCUCAACCAGCUCCUGCCUCCGUGUAAACCGCUGAAGUCCAGAGGCGCUCUGAUCCCAGCAUGCUCUCCAGACGGUCGACUACUCGCCGUCGUCCUCAACCAGAAAGACCCGCAGGCGACGCAGGUGUUGUUCAUCAGCACUCAGAACUUUGUGACCGUGUCCAGUCUGUUAGGAGGGUGUGGCGUUAAGACGCUCAGUAUACCAGCUAAAUACGUGAG